AUGCUAGCCUCUGGCAAAAUAGUCCCCUCCACCAGCCCGGCAGCAGCACCGAUCCUGUUCGUGAAGAAAGCCAAUGGAAAACUGAGGUUAUGCGUAGACUUUCGUGGCUUAAAUGCUAUCACGGUCAAGAAUCGCUACCCCCUUCCCCUCAUGACAGAGUUGGCCGAUUCGAUGAAAGGAGCAGAGUUCUUCACCAAGAUAGACCUGAAAAAUGGCUAUAACUUGAUUAGGAUUGCUGCUGGCGAGGAAUGGAAAACAGCUUUCAGAACGAAGUACGGCCACUUCGAAUAUAGGGUCAUGCCUUUUGGCUUAACCAAUGCACCGGCGUCGUUCCAGGUCAUGGUCAAUACCAUAUUCAAGGAUCUUCUAGAUCAAGGCGUAGUAGUCUACUUGGAUGAUAUUCUAAUAUAUUCAAAGACUAAGGAAGAGCACACGACUCUGGUCUCGCCUAAAAAGGUGAAGGCAAUCACGGAAUGGUUACCACCCACCAAGGUCAAGGAACUUCAAUGUUUCCUCGGAUUUGCCAACUUCCUACGACGGUUCAUCCACAGGUACUCCGAAAGCAGUGAACAACAAAGCGCUUUCGACGAACUCAAGGAGAGGUUUACGUCUGCUCCAAUACUAGGACACUACGACGAACACCGUGAAGCGAUCAUAGAAACUGACGCGAGUGACUGGGCUGAGGCCGCAGUACUCUCUCAGGUGUUCGAGGACGGUAUUCUACACCCGGUAGCUUACCACUCUCGCAAGUUUAACGAGGCAGAGGUAAACUACGAGAUCUAUGACAAGGAGAUGCUCGCUAUAGUUUCUGCUCUCCUGACUUGGAGACAUUGGCUGGAAGGAACGGAUAUUCCUAUCCAGAUACAUUCGGAUCACCAGAACCUACAGUACUUCACAACGACCAAGAAGUUGUCGAGAAGACAAGCCAGAUGGGCUGAAAAGAUAGCACCUUUUCGCUUCAGGAUUCAUUACCGACCAGGCGAAAAGAAUGGCAAGCCAGAUGCACUUACAAGGCGCCCAGAGUUCGCUAUGGAAGGGGGAGUAAUGCGUGAACAACCCGUAAAACAGUUGCUCAGCGCAGAACAAUUUGUCAGAAAAUCACGGACCAGCGUAGAAACUGGCCUUGAAAUCAUUGGCAACCCCGAAGAAGAAUGGACUCCGUUGGAUCAGUGGUACGACAUACCAGGUACUGAGCUGCCUCAGCCACUACAAGACUGGUAUGAACAGGACAGACAAUGGGUUCGGAGAGUGUUCCGGGAUGAACCUCUCCCUGAUGCAAACCUUGAAGUCUUCGGGACAGAGGAAGCUGAUGCCGUAAUAACGGAGCUUGCCACUGAAUGGACCCCGGGAUCGAAUGAGGCCACCCACGAUGGUCGUUGGGUAGUGCCAGGAUACGCGGUCAGACAAGUCAUUGAAGAUCAUCAUGACAGACCCGUAGCGGGGCAUCUAGGAAGGGAUAAAACCCUCGAGUUGAUCGAUAGGAACUACUGGUGGCCAGGAAUGUCCACAGAUGUAGCCAAUUUCGUCAAGACUUGCGAUGUGUGUCAGAGAGCCAAGCAACGUCGGAGACACUUGUCACUCCCUCAACCCCUAGAGUUAGCCACCACACCUUGGACUGAUAUCUCAAUGGAUUUCGUAGUAGAAAUGCCAAAGGAGAAAUCAGGAUUCCGUAACGUAUUGGUAGUCGUGGACCGUUUUACGAAAAUGGCUCACUUCAUUCCAAUGACGGGAAUCAACGCGGAACAGACCGCUAACGCCUUUGUCAAGGACAUUUGGCGCUUUCACGGACUUCCUAGGAGCAUUGUCUCUGACAGAGGAACACAGUUCGUAUCGGCAUUUUGGGCUGCGGUCACAGAACGACUAGGGAUUCGUAGAAGACUCUCGACCUCGUUCCACCGACAGACGGAUGGACAAACAGAAAAGACCAACCAGCACCUCGAAUCCUACAUCCGGGCCUACACCGCCGGAACAGGAAAGAAAUGGAAGGACCUACUACCGAUUUGCGAGUAUGCAUAUAAUAAUGCGAAACACUCGUCGACAGGACAAUCGCCGUUCUACUGUAACUAUGGGUUCCACCCACGAACAGAUUGGCCAACGGAUGCGAAAAUCGGACAGCUGGAUGCUAAGGGAAGCACCUACCUGGAAGACCUUCUCCUAGCCCAUGAAUCAGCGAGAGACACGCUGCAGAAGACCUUUGACAGGAUGGCGUCAAGGCCAGGGCCAGCCGUUCAGCGGUUCACAAUCGGUCAAAAGGUCUUGCUGGAUACUCGGAACCUCGGCGGUUACAAUAAAUGGUCGGACAAGUUUACAGGCCCCUUCGAGGUCGCUGCGGCUGUAGGAAAUAGGGCUUAUAGAUUGAAUCUUCCGGCAGAAUGGAAGGUUCAUGACGUAUUCCACGAGAUGUUGCUGAGACCUUAUCGAGAGGAUCCCAACACGGGCAGGCAACAGAACACACGAAAACGACUCGCAACACCCGACCCUCAAGAGGCACUCUUAGAUGAGAACUUCAAACCAACCAUGAAUACUCGGCCCCAUACACGGAGUCAAGGGCCAGUCAUCGACUCGAGUCGGCCUCCGAAACGACAACGGACUAGGGAAGACUAG